UGGUUAAUACCUGUGAGAUUAACCAGGUGUUGACUAUUAAACCAAAAAAUCUGGUUCUUGGCGAAGGAGGCAGAAUUAUUGAUGAUGGAGCUAAACAGGAAACCAUGGCAGCCUUGCAGGACACCGUGGAAGCCGUGCAAGAAGUCGCAGAAGUUGUGCAAUAUAUGGCAGAUGGACAGGAAACUUUCAGAGCAAGACAGGAUACCAUGGCAGACAUGCAGGAAGCCAUGGCAACAGACAUCAGCAAUGUUACCACCAGGCAAGAAUCCAUGUCAGGCAGACAGGAAACCAUGGCAAACGAUUUACAUAUCCUACAAG